AUGAAGCUCGCCACGUCUUCCACCCGCCGCCACCGCAGCCUCAGCGGCGGCAUCACCGCCCUCCUCGCCUCGGCCAGCGCCGUGUCCGCCCACUCGUGGAUCGAGUCGGCGUUCGUCGUCGGCGAAAACGGCUCCUUCGUCGGCGCGGAGGGCUUCCCGCGCGGGUACGUGCCGCGCACGCAGCCCGGCUGGAGCGACAAGCAGGCGCAGAACCUCCUCCCCGCGGUCGGCACCGCCGCAUACACGGGCAACGAGGUGCUCAACAAGUACCCCUUCGACGCCAACCCGCCUCACCCGCUGCUGCAGGCCCGGCCCGGUGACCGCGUCGCCCUCCUGCACCUCGAGAACGGCCACGUCACGCUGCCGCAGAACCAGCCCGGCAAGCCCCUCAACCGCGGCACCGUCUACCUCUACGGCACGACCCAGCCCAAGCCCCAGGAGCGUCUCUUCGACGUGCACCUGCGCUGGGCCGCCGACGGCCAGGGCGGCGACAAGCGCGGCCGCCUGCUCGCCACGCGAAACUACGACGACGGGCAGUGCUUCCAGGACAACCACCAGCCGCUCGCCCAGGAGCGCGUCGCCAAGUUCUCGGGCGACGGCGCCUCCGCCGACAAGGAGCUCAAGUGCCAGUCCGUCGUCACCAUCCCCAAGGACGCCAAGCCCGGCUCCGUCUACACCGUCUACUGGUACUGGGACUGGCCCACGCUCAACGACAAGAAGAUUGACCUCGCGGCCACCAAGAACGGCCUGUUCCCCUGGGCGGGCUCUUUCAUGCGCGGCGACAAGGUGCCCAACGGCUGGACCAUGGACGCCAUCCGCGUCAACGAGAGCUACUCGAGCGUCCUCGACAUCAAGAUCACCGACAAGCUGCCCGGCAUCGUGGCCAAGGAGCAGGGCGGCGCGACAGCCGCAAACGCUCAGCCCAAGAACAUCUACAACAUGGCUGUCAAGGGCCAGAUGGACAACGACUUUGACGUCAAGAUCGGCGGCCGAGACGAGACCGGCACUGCGUCUGCCCCGGACGGCGCGCCCAAGCCCACCACCACCAUCACUCCUUUGCCCGCUCCGACUGCUCCCACGCCCGGAGGCUCGCAGUCCGUCACUCGCCCUGGCUCUGACUGCGACAUGUCCACAUCCACCACGUUCGUCACCAUAACCAGGACCGCCGGCCGCGGCACCGCCCCGGCCCAGGCACCGACAUCCCUCCACGGCGGAGACGCAGGCGCAACCGCCACCGUCAUCAAGACGGUCACCGUCCCGGCCACGACCGUCAUGUCCACCGUGUACGUCACCGCCAGCGGCUCUCGCGCGGCCCCGGGCCAGUCCAGCGCGCAGACCUCCACCGUCGUGGUCACGAAGACCCAUCACAUUCCCGCCGCAGGAGCGCCGACCAGUUCGCCCGUCGGCACAAACGACGCGCCGUACGAUAAGCGCACCGCUAGACCGUUCAGGCCGCAUAAGAAGCGAGCCGCCGCCACUCCCCGCGCGUAG